ACUAUAAAACAAUAUAGCCUUAAUCUAUACAUAUAUAACUCAUCCUUAUGGUCCAUUUCAUCUUAGACCUAGUUACACUUACCAAACUUGAUGGCUGCAGUUUCUUCAAUAUCUCCAUCGCCAGCGGUGGCUCCUCAACCGUCACCAUGGCACUCGCCGAUACCAUACCUCUUCGGCGGCCUUGCAGCCAUGAUGGGUCUCGUAUGUUUUGCUCUCAUGGUUCUUGCAUGCUCCUACUGGAAGCUCUCCGGCUACUUGGAUCAUAACGAAGGGGACGUCGAGUCCGGAAGCGUAAACGCUGAUGGUAACUUACCUUCUGAAAAUCACAAUAAUAAUAAUAACCGGCUGGAGUUGUGUGAUAUACAAGAAAAGUGUUUGGUAAUUAUGGCUGGAGAAAAUAAACCUACGUUUUUGGCUACACCAAGUUCGAGUAGAACGACGUCGUUCGGUAGUAGCAGCUGGCGGAGCAGUCUAACGGGGUUGACGGAAAGUGGUUCGUCUUCGUCUGAGGUAGAAAAUGGUGGAAGGGAUGAAAACAUGACGGUUUGAUAUAAUUAAUAAACUGUGUCGUGAUGUAUGCUCCUAAGUCCAAAAUUAGCAAAGCUUUUUUGAUAAUGUAAUAUCCAUCUUUUAACAUAUUUUGUUUAUUUGUUUUUACA